ACCAAGCAUCACCUAUUUGUUUACGUUUCGUUGUUGUAUAUUGACGCAAGACGCGACAGAAGCAUGCGAGCCUCAUGUUAGGCAAUUUGUAAUAAUUCUGAAUGAAACUGGGAUCCUGACAGGGAAAAAACUGUUGAAAAUUUCGGUCAACGUGCUUUUGCUAUCGUUAACAGAGGCCGAAGGAUGGUAGACAGACAGCGAAACAGCCUUAGCACCACAGCUGCCAACAAUAAUAGUAGCUUGACAGUUGGUGCAAUCGAUAAUGACAGGGUCAUUUUUGAGGAAGAGGAAAUGCCCGGGGGACUUCGAGAACCUUUCAUCAAGUCAGGAUACCGGCGAGCUUACAGCACGCCUUGGCAGUGCUUGAAAAGCCUUUUCUACAUCAAUAAUGAGAGUGUUAACGUGUGGAGCCACAUCAUAGCGGCACUAUACUUCGCCGUACGCUAUGGAACGGCUGCAUCUACUCAGGUGGACUCAAUUUUAGAUCCUUUCAAUUUGCCACUUUUGGCCUCAGCCAUGGGAACUGUAAUUUUGUACUCUUCCAGUGCAACUGCUCAUCUUUUCAACUCCAUUUCUGAAAGAGGAUACAAAAUCUGCUUCUUUUUCGACUACGCAGCGGUCAGUUUUUACACAUUCACCUCGUGCCAAGCUAUGUUCUUCUAUGCUCGGCCAGUGAACUCUCAGUGGAGGAUCUUUGAAUCGCCAGCUUUUUACCUGAGCCUAGCAGCCCUGUUUUCGUUUCUUGUGACCUACGGUUGUUGCAAAACGGAUGCUGCAGUCAACAAGUUCAGCACUUUUUUGCGGAUGUUAUCAGUAAUCGCCGCUUGGAUUCACAGUACCUUACCAAUUCUGGUUGGCGCGACUCUUUGCACCUGUCACGUAACUGACAAGAGUUGUUGGUCCUCUUCCGCCUGUAGCAGUUUACCCGUUAGAUAUUACCUGCGUCACGCAUUUUACACUUUUCUGGCGGGUUUCAUGUACAGCACCAGGCUACCUGAACGCCUCAUUCCUGGAAGAUUUGAUUUGGUCGGGAACAGUCAUCAUUUUCUACACGUCUGUGUUGCCAUAGGAACAGAAUAUGCCUUCAAAAUGGUUGAAUUUGAAAUCAACGCCCGGAAAGCCAGGGGAAUGUUGGAAGAGACAACCGCGUACGUGUCCAUUCUCAACACCUUGGUCGCGGCCAUAUUAGUGAUGUUUUUGAACGCUUGUAUUGCAUUCUGGUUUUCUAUUACUCUUAAGCAAAAGGAAAGUUCUCAUAAAAACUAACCUGAGAGCAUGAAUUGGUCUCUUUAGAACUAAGUGACUAAGAAAAAAAUAUUUUAUUUAGGAAAACAUGCUUGCAAAAGAACCAAAUGAAAUAAACCUGUCCAACAGAAUCUAAAAGCUGCGAGGGGGUAUUUGAGAAUGUAAUGUAAAACGCUUUCAGUUUGUGCGCUAAGCAAUGCAAAAACCGCCGUUGGUGACCGUGUGGGAUUGUAUCUGUGAUGUGAACUAUCUUAAGUUCUUUACUGUCGGCUCUGAGGCUUUGUCAUAACCGUUUUUAACUCCUUAGCCGCAAAGAGUGACCAGCAUCUAAUUUCCCUUUACAGUAUUAUCCUUGAAUUACGCAUUAAGGUUAUGAGAAUAAAGGAAAUGAGCACCAACUAAA